AUAGCCUUUCUCCUCUUCCCUCUGUUCCUCAAUAUCUGUCCAUUUCUAAAACAGUCAUGGACAGAACAUUGCUCUUCAAGGUACUCACUGUUGUUGCUCUCCUAGGAUGUUCAUCAGCUUCGGAUCAUUUGGUUAAUGUCUCCAGGUUGGAGAUGUUUGUGGAUGAGCUUCCAGAUAUGCCCAGAAUCCAUAGUUAUCACGUUUUGAAUGGUGUACCAAAAUCCAAACCUCUCAAGAUUGGGAUGUUCAAGAAGAAAUGGAAAUUUCACCGAGAUCUGCCUCCAACAACGGUGUAUGCUUUUGGAAAAACCAAGCACACAGCAACCAUUCCCGGUCCAACUAUCGAAUCCCUUCACGGGGUUGAUACGCACGUGAGGUGGCAAAAUCACCUCCCUCCAAACCACAUACUUCCGUGGGACCCAACAAUCCCUACAGCGAUUAACAACACCACACGUGGCAUCCCCACAGUUGUCCACCUUCACGGUGGCAUCCACGCGCCCGAGAGCGACGGAAGCGCGAAUGCAUGGUUCACUUCUAAGUUCAACGAAAGGGGACCAACGUGGAGCAGGAAAACUUAUCACUAUCCAAAUAAUCAGCACCCGGGGAAUCUAUGGUACCACGACCAUGCCAUGGGGUUGACCCGAGUCAACCUUCUAGCUGGCUUACUUGGCAGUUACAUCAUCCGCGAUCCCGUCGUGGAGGAGCCGUUGGGGUUACCCAACGGUGACGAAUUCGAUCGACCGUUAGUCGUCUUCGAUCGUAGCUUCCGCACCGACGGUUCCAUCUUCAUGAGUUCCAUCGGUAACAACCCCGAUAUACACCCUCAGUGGCAGCCAGAGUAUUUCGGUGACGCCAUCAUUGUCAACGGCAAAGCGUGGCCGCGCCUCACAGUACGACGUCGUAAGUACCGAUUCCGCAUAAUAAACGCCAGCAACGCCAGGUUCUUCAGAUUCUUCUUCUCCAACGGCUUGAGAUUCACGCACGUGGCGUCCGAUUCGGCCUACAUAGAAAAACCCGUGACAACAAACGAGACUCUGGUGGGGCCAUCUGAGAUCACAGACAUCGUCGUUGACUUCUCUCAAUCUAAGACUAACGUCGCUAUCCUAGCUAACAAUGCAAACUAUCCUUACCCUUCUGGUGACCCCGUUAACGAGGCUAACGGCAAGGUCAUGAAGUUUAUCAUUCUACCCGAUCAAGAAGUCGACACGUCACGGCUUCCUCGACGAUUGGUGGAAUACCCCGUCGUGGAUUUAUCCAGUGUGACGCACACACGGUACGUUGCCAUGUACGAGUACGCGAGCAAAAUCGAUGAGCCAACCCACCUGUAUCUAAAUGCAAAACCGUUCGAGGCACCGGUAACGGAAACCCCGAGGGUGGGUUCCACAGAGGUGUGGUAUGUGAUAAACUUGACGGAGGAUAAUCACCCGCUGCACAUUCAUUUGGGUUUGUUGAAGGUGUUUGAUCAGACGGCGCUGGUGGAGCUUGAAGAGUUCAAGGAAUGCAUGACAAAAAAGAACGACGCAGUGAAGUGCAACCUGAAGAAGCACGCAAGUGGGAAGAAAGUAGUGGUCGGAGAUCACGAGAAAGGGUGGAAGAAUGUGUUCAAGAUGAUACCUGGGCAUGUAACGAAGAUUGCAGUGAGGUUUUCUUACAUACACACCAACGCAUCCUAUUCCUUUGAUGCAACCGCAGAACCUGGCUACGUCUACCAUUGCCAUGUAUUGGAUCAUGAAGACAAUGCUAUGAUGAGACCCUUGAAGCUCGUCAACUGAUCAUCUCUCUCGACAACCUCGUAUCUUUAGAUUUGCAUAUAUUUAGUGUGAUUUUGGUGACACACUCAAGUGCAAUGGCUAAAAGUUUGAACUUAUUUUAAACAAAAUGUAUUUUCUAAAAUUUAUAUUAGACCACCCUGAAAUGCUUGGAAAUAUCAAAAGUUGGGUAUUUUAAAUACAUGUUCAUCUGGUUUUGUUCAGGUUUGCAUUAAACAAGUCUACCUUGGUAGAUUGAACAUUUCUUAUUGUAAUAUAUUCUGAUAUGUAUUUAUUUAUUAUGGGUUAAACAAA